AGGUGAGUAGCUAACAUGAACAUAGCCCACGCGCCAGAACUGUGGGCGUCAUGGACUCGAGAGACUCAGAAGCAGAGCGUUUGCCAAAAACAAGCAUACAAUGCAAAGAGUUUGACGAGAAAGUCGAAGUAAUUGCUGAACGCUCGUCUUUUACUAUCAGUCAACUGACGGAAGAGAAGGCAACGGAAGAGAAGGCAACGGAAGAGAAGGCAACAUCAGAGAACAGUCAGAGUAAUGGAGAAACGGCAACAGGUCUUCAAGAGCACGAAUCACCAAAAUAUUUAUGGAAAGAACGGAUUCAACCUCUAUAUUCAGAUUUGGUACGAAUUCUACCAAUCGAACCCAUUCUUGAUAAGCUACUGAGUACGGAUCAGGUAAAACUAGAAGAAUUUGAUAAACUAAAGCAAAUGAGUGGAGACGUCGAACGAGCUCGUUAUAUCUUGAGGAACGUCUUACCUUAUCGAGGCAACAAAGGUUUCUACAAGUUUUGUGAGACUUUGUCGGAAGCUGGCGGGUACGAUCAAAUAUUACAUCUUAUACAACCAGAAAGACAUCCAGAUCCACGCAGGAGAAGCAGCAAAGAAAUACUUGCACAAUUGGACUUUAAGGCAAGAUUCCGUCGACUGUCUUUACCCGAAGAAUCUCUACAAGACAAGAGAAAGCAACAGAAGAAAAUUUUUCCUGUUGAACUUGAAAAAAGAAAUUUCCCUGAUGCGUGUGGUCGAGACACAAUUAUCAUGAAAUUGACGCGUUACUUUUGGAAAAGAGAUCAGGAAACUGCAGAGAAUAUAGACAUUAGUGACUUUCGUUUGUUGUGCAUUUGUGCUGAAGCGGGAGCGGGCAAAUCAUGCGUAGCAGCCUACUAUGCAAGGCUUCACAGAGAGGCAUACAAAGGAGGAGUUUUCUUUAUUAGCUCAAGAACAAGUGCAUCUAUACGACAUUCAUUUAACAAAUAUAUGGUUGUUCCAAGUUGUGAGAAAUAUGAUGUUGCAAGUAAAUCAUUGGAAGAAAUGAAUGCGCGCUUUUUAGAUCUCGUUAGUCAACGUGAAGGCAAUGUUUUGUUGAUCUACGACAGCAGUGAUGAUUUGCACGUCAUUCAAGAUAUCGUUCCUACUUGCAGCAUGAAAGUUCACGUUCUAAUUACGACGAGAUGCAGAGAUCACGUGCUGAUGCGAGAAGGCAGUGUGAUUCAGCUGCCAGAGUUGGAUGAAGACGCAGCCGUCGAGUGUUUCUGCUGUUGGACUGAAAAAUUCAAGAAUAACGACAAGAUGUCGAAAUUGGAAUUGGAUGAGAUCAGACGCAUAGUGACCGAUGGACAAGUAAAGCUAUUGCCACUGGCCAUUCGGCGUGUUGCAACAUUGACGAAGAAAACAAAGAUUUCCUAUACGGAGAUGAGAGAAAAACUGUCGUUGAAGAAAGAGGCCGUUGGUUAUCCAGCCGAUGAGUUAGAGGACACAUUACGUGGCUGUGGACUGCAGCAUCUACAGCACAAGCUAACAAGUUCCGAUAUUUCACAGAUCGACCAACUUUUAGCAGCUGACGUCGCCACGCUGGCCAAAUCGUGUGGAAUUUCCAGAAAUGAUGAAGAGAAGCUGAAGAUUAUGCAGGAAAGACUAAAAUUCGACAGGGUAACACCGAUGCAUUGGGAUCUCGAUCUCGAUGAAGUAGCAAGAAGAUCUCAAGUUGCAGAAAAAAUUCUCAGUUUUACUUCUCUGAUGGACACGAGCGCCAUUUCUACUUAUGUUCUUCGUACAGCCGUGAUGCGUGACGGAGAUUCGAAGAUCGGAGAAAAGGAGUUUGAAGUCUCUCUGCAUUUGUUGUCAGACGACUUUUCUCUGCUCACAUUUCAUGAGGAGGAGCAAACAUGUGACAUUCAUGCGCUCGUUCAGCAGUCUGUUGUAAGCCACAUGAAGAGAAGAGACAAAUUCCUACCUUAUCUCAUUUGUUUGACAAAAUGUAUGCAAGAUAUGUUACCAAAUUCUUAUGAUUGCAUAAUGAGUAAUCUCAACAACAACAAGUUGAUUGCAUUGGCUCCACACGUUUACAGCGUUUGUGAUCACAUCUUGAAAUCAAAAUGUAUGCAUCAAGAAUGUCUACAGCUCUUGAAGUUUUCUUGUUGGUUGGCAACACACUUGCACGACAUUACAACAGCCAAGCAUUUAGCAGAAGAGAGAUUGCAAAUACAUCGUCGACUCGGCACUCACAGUAUUAGCGAUGCUGUAGAAAUGAGCAGCAGUCUGAUUUCGGUUGGUGAUUCGUACGAUUUAAUUAGUAAAUCUGAUACUGCAAAGCCAUACUUUGAGGAAGCCGUACAAGUGUUGCAAGCAUUUGGCGACGAAAGUUCUCUUCCUGCGUUCUAUUCUGUGGCUCUAGGCCGUGUAGCAUCUUGCUACGUGCAAAUGAAAAAAUUCGAAGAAGCAGAGCGGCUGUUUAGAAAGAAGAUUGAUUGGAAACUAGCGCAUGGAGCAGAAAUUGCAAGGAUUUCAGCUGCACUAAACAACCUUGCUCUCACUUACCAAGAAGGUGGAAAAUAUGACAAGGCGAUAAAGACAUACGAAACGUCGCUCGAUUUGCAAAGGCAAUGCGAUGACGGAAAUCGAGUGGAAAAGUCUACAGCUUACACCAAUCUUGGUAACUGCUACAGAGAGAGCGGAAAACUUGAGAAAAGUUUGAGUUUACUGGAAGAGGCUGUCACAAUCAGCCGAUCAUGCUACUCAUCUUCUCAUCCCUUCUUGGCACACGCUAUAUCUCAACUUUCUGAUACGUACGACUUACUUGACAGAAAUGAUGAAGCUUGGAAAUUAGCAAGAGAGGCAUUUGAUAUUGCAAGAGUAAAAUUGCCCUCAUUACAUUCUCAAUUGGCCGUGUAUAUAAACCGUUUGGGCAAUUGUUGUCGAUCACGUGGAAACUACGAUGAAGCCAUCUCGUGGCACGAGAAAGCAAAACAAUUGCUGCAACAACAGGAUCAAUCACCUCAACGAGACAAAUAUGUUGCUACAAAUUUGUAUUACCUGUCUCGCGAUCAUGACAUGAAGGGAUGUUAUGAACAAGCUAUAGAGCUGUGUUUGGAAGCACUAAAAAUGGAUCAAGAGAGUUAUUCGCCAAAUGCUGUUGAUAUUGCAAUUCAUGAGAUGCUCUUAGGUUUGUACGAAAUCAAGUCCGCAAGACUUGAAGCUUCUAUGACCCAUUUGCAAUCUUCCUUGUCAGUUUUGCAAGACACACUACCUACUAGUCAUCACACUGCAGAUUGUCACUUUUACCUUGCUACGUUGUUUCUUGCUAUGAAAGAAGCGUUCCCAGCUAGUCUACAUAUAGAGAAAUGUCUCGAAAUACGAAAGACGAUUUUCCCAGCUGGUCACAGCAAGAUAGAGGAAGCCGAGUGUUUCAAACAAGAAAUAUUAAAGGGCUGAAUGAAAAUGCAAGUGACCGACAUGAUAUGUCCUACUUUGCUGAUUAUGUGUUGCCGUUUACUUGUGUUCUUGCUAAAAUUGAUGUCAUUGCUUUGCACGUGGCACAAGCUAUAGCUAUGUAUCUACCUUGUCAAUGUGGUAGCAAACAGUUUGUACACUUUUACACUUUGUAGUUUGUUUAAGUGGAAAUGAUAUGUUCGCUAGAUAAAAAGCAUGGUUCUGUACGGUAGACUGCAUGUGAA